GAGCCUAGACAUGAAGAUGCUGGAUCAGAGUCUACAGUCACCAUUUAGGGAAAGCGGUGAUGGAAAUACAAUGCUACAGAAAAGCAGUCAGAGACUGCAGACACACUACAGGAGAUGGUCAGAGACUGCAGACAUACUACAGGAGAUGGUCAGAGACUGCAGACAUACUAUAGGAGAUGGUCAGAGACUGCAGACAUACUACAGGAGAUGGUCAGAGACUGCAGACAUACUAUAGGAGACGGACAAAGACUGCAGACAUACUACAGGAGAUGGUCAGAGAUUGG